AUGAAUAAACUAAGUCUGGUUGACAAGCAGGGCUGCAAAGCCGCCGUAUCUCUCUGUGCUGCCGCGGUCCAGCUUGCGAUGAACGGCCGUAUUGCUUGGGUGACAGUCCCUCUAGCCAGCGUGGGACAAAAUAACGUUGAGGCUUUCCAUCGCUUGCUCAGUGAGCAGGUUAAGCACGUCAAGGGGGUUCAUCGAGGCAUUGGUUUCACCUGCAAUCAGGCCAAAAGAUGUGACCUGUGGUAG